UAUUUACAUGCCUACAGAUGCAUUAGGAGUGGUACUUAUCCACCAAUUUGCUUCGGCCCCCCUCAUUCCUUUUGCUCGGUUCCACGACCCGGGUCUCUCUCAUCAGUUCACAUGAGCGUGGUGGUAGCGUUGGGCUAGUGACUAGUGUUAGCGAUACGAGUGAAGCAAAGCGCAGGCGCAGCGCAGCACAAAGGAAAGGAGAGGGCUCGAGAGCAACGAGGGCUUGCGUUUGCAUGGUCGAUGGGAGAAAUGGCCAGUGGUGGCAGCAACUGGCUCGGCUUCUCCCUCUCACCGCACACGGCCUUGGAGGUGCCCUCCGCUUCUGAGCCCGCUCCUGCUCAUCAAGCUCCACCUCCUUCCAGUACCACGAUCUCCUCUUCCAGUAACAACGCCGCUGCCACUUCCAACUUCCUCUUCUCGUCCAUGGCCACGCCCUAUCCGGGCUACUACUGUGUGGGCGGCGCGUAUGGCGAUGGCACCAGUUCUGCCGGCGUCUACUACUCCCACUUGCCUGCCCUGCCCAUCAGGUCCGACGGCUCCCUCUGCAACAUGGAAGGUCACUAUACUGCCCUUCUCCUCCCUCCCUCUCUUUACAUCGUAUUAUCUGUAUCUCUAACAUUUUGGUCUUCUUGGCAUGGAGUAGGCACGAUGCCAUCGUCCCCGCCGAAGCUGGAGGACUUCUUGGGUGGUGGCAAUGGCGGUGGCCAAGAAACGGCCACAUACUACAGCCACCAGCAGGGCCAAGAAGAGGUGGCAAGCAGGGAUUACCACCAGUACCAGCACCACCAGCUCGUCCCCUACACCUUCCAGCCGCUGACAGAAGCCGAGAUGCUGCAAGAAGAGUCGGCGCCAAUGGACGAGGCCAUGGCCGCGGCCAAGAACUACCUCCUGACGAGCUACGGCGCUUGCUACAGCAACGGGGAGAUGCACCCGCUGAGCCUGUCGAUGAUGAGCCCCGGGUCCCAGUCCAGCAGCUGCGUCAGCGCGGCUCCGCAGCAGCAGCAGAUGGUCGCUGUAGCCGCUGCUGCUUCUGCGGCCGCUGCCCAGGGGCACAGUAAUGGCGGUGGUGAGCAGUGCGUGGGGAGGAAGAGGGGCACCGGCAAGGGAGGCACCAAGCAGCCGGUGCACCGCAAGUCCAUCGACACGUUUGGGCAGAGGACCUCCCGGUACAGGGGUGUCACCAGGCACAGGUGGACUGGGAGGUAUGAAGCCCACCUCUGGGACAACAGCUGCAGAAAGGAUGGGCAGACCAGGAAAGGAAGGCAAGUAUAUCUAGGUGGUUAUGACACUGAAGACAAGGCUGCAAGGGCCUAUGAUCUUGCUGCUCUGAAAUACUGGGGUCCAGCUACUCAUAUCAAUUUCCCCGUAGAAAACUAUCAAGGUGAGCUUGAGGAGAUGAAAAACAUGACAAGGCAAGAAUUUGUUGCGCACUUGAGAAGGAGAAGCAGUGGGUUUUCUAGAGGUGCCUCCAUCUACCGAGGGGUGACAAGGCAUCACCAGCAAGGAAGAUGGCAGUCUCGGAUUGGCAGGGUUGCUGGGAACAAGGAUCUAUACCUUGGCACUUUCACGACUCAAGAAGAAGCAGCCGAGGCUUAUGACAUAGCUGCCAUCAAGUUCCGCGGCUUGAACGCGGUGACGAACUUCGACAUAACCAGAUACGAUGUCGACAAGAUCUUGGAGAGCAGCACGCUGCUGCCUGUGGAGGAAGCACGCAAGGUCAAGGUGAUCGAGGCGGCGAACGGCGUUCCUGUGAUACAACUUGGUGGCAGGGAGCUCAACCCUACCGAGGAACCAAGCGCCAACUGCAGGAUGGUGCUCCAUGGAUCUUCCCAGGAAGCUGUGCAUUGCCCAGAAGCAGUUGAUCACCAGAAGGGCAUGAUGAGUGACUCUAACUCCUCACUGCAUGGCAUCGUUGGGCUUGACGUCGAGUGUGUAGCCCAUGAUCACCACCUUGACGUUCAAGGCAAGUCUGGUGGCGUCAACUUCUCCAACUCCUCAUCACUGGUGACAAGCCUAGGCAACUCCAGGGAGGGUAGCCCCGAGAGGCUGGGCCUGGCCAUGCUAUACGGCAAGCAGCAGCAGAAUGCCGUGAGCCUGGCCUCCAUGAGCCCCUGGAUGCCUAUGCCAGCGCCGACAGCGCAGCACGUCGUUUCCCACCUCCCUUUCUUCGCCGCCUGGGCUGAUGCCUAGCUGAUCCAGAUGGAGCUCAGUAGUAACUGCCCAAUCUUGCUCGCCAUUGCUGGUUUUUGUAAACUGAAGCAGGAUUGGCAGCACCAAGUUAGUUAAAUUAGCUGCAGUAGCAAGGUUGGUUAGUUGCCAUGUUGAUUGGUGUAGUGCUAUGCAGUAGAAGAUCGGCCUUAAUUAGUCUACAGCUGAUGCACAAUCUCAGUAGUGGUGGUAGGCUGCUGGUAGCGUUCUUUUGAGCCUUUCUUUUGGGGAAAAUUGGUUGGAAUGUAGUAUGGCUCACUUUUGAACGUUACAUGAAACAACAAGGCUGUUGCAACUUGGACGGAAAAGGAAAAGGGUUCGUGAAAUGAGAUGGCUCGUCUUUGCUGGUA